UGUAAAAAUUAAUUAUUAAUUUUUAUCUUAUAAAUACCUCAUUGCAAAAUGAAAUGCCAUGUACCAGGAGCAAAUGUUAAAGUUUUAGCGAGAACUGUUCAUGCCCUUGCAAGAUUCGGGGACGAACUUUACCUAGAGUCUCUCUCAGAUUGUAUAUUGCUACGAACACUAAAUGCAGCUGAAUCGGCGUAUGCUAUGGUCAAGUUCAAUAAAAACUUCUUCUCAUACUUCAACCACAACUAUUACUCAACAGAAGAUAAUGAGGGAUUGAAGUGUAAAAUAUCUAUGAAAUCUGCGCUAAAUACAUUUAAAUCACCUACUCACUUAGAAAAACAAGUUGAAAAUUUAGAAAUAAAAUUAGAUCCAGAAUCCUGUAAGUUGAUAUUUCAGUUGAAAUGCAGACAUGGAAUCGUAAAAACACAUUUUGUAUCAAUCCUAGAUUGUAAGGCAAUGCAAGCAGUAUAUACGAAGGAUUCCGUACCAAAUAGAAUAACAUCUCCACAAAGAAUAUUGUCAGAUGCGCUCAACAACUUCCAAAGUUCUGAUGAUCAGGUGACAUUAGAAGUAACAUCACAAUCUUUUAUUUUACGCAACUACAUAGACUGUAGUAUAGACCUCACCAAAAUUAUCAGAACACAAAUAAGUCUGAAGCCAGCAGAAUUUGACAGCUAUCUCAUAGGAUCAGAAACAACUAUAACAUUCUCACUGAAAGAAUUCAGGGCCUUGCUAACAUUUUCAGAAGCCCUCAAUUUACCUUUGCAAGUACAUUUUGAGACUACAGGAAGGCCAGCAGUUUUUAUAGUACACAAUGGCACCACUUUUGAAGCACAUUUUGUGUUAGCUACCACAAAACCUGAUAAUGCAUCACAAACUACAUCAACUCAGCGUACUAACGUUGAGAGAAACAAACGAAAAGACACCAGCACUCAAGGUUCUGCUAAAAAGAAACCUCAUUUGGAUGUGGAUAUUGCAAAAUGUCUAGAUGAAGACUCACAUCUAUUCAACUUUGUAGACAUACCUGGUGAAAAUGAAGUUAAUGUUAGUAAUAAAUUAAAUGGAAGUGUUAACAAUAAUAGUGCCAAAGAUAAAGAAAGAAUGGCAGAUUUAAUGGACUGUGAUAACAUACCAGCAUCUCCUGCUGCCAGAACAAUGAUUAAGUCUGUGUUCAAACGAUGCUUUGAAAGUACUUUUGAUCCAAGAAGUAUACAAGGUGUAGUAUUAGCAGAGAACUCUGAUAGUGACUGAGAUAAUUAAUUAAUCUGUUAACUAUGUUAUAUAUUCUAAGAAUAAACAUAUUUAUUAAAACCUG